AUGGCAGUCGACUAUGAUCUUACAGGGCAAUUAGUAUGGGCAGGUGCUGUGUUGUUGAACAUCUACCUCUCAAAAAAUGCUGAAAUACUUGAUGGGCGUUCAGUGAUUGAACUAGGAUCUGGAGUUGGUAAUACUGGCAUAUUGUGCAAUGAAUUCUGCCAAGAGGUUGUAUUAACUGAUCACAAUAAAGAAUUUCUUGAGGCAAGGUCUAAGCACCAUCUGACCAAUUUCUUACUGUUAUUUUCUUUGACAGCUGAGAAACUGGAGUGGGGAAAUAGUGUUGAAAUCAGCGGAAUCUUACAAAAGCAUCCAGGAGCAUUUGAUCUAGUUCUUGGAGAUAUUGGUAAUGAAAAAGAGAUUUGCCGGCGCUUGAAAGCAUCGGUAAAUCACAUAUAUUAA